CUCUGACUUGUGUGUAAGUUUCUGUCAAGUGUCAAGGAUUGGUAUUUACUGAUCGUGGUUUGUUGUGAAAAGGAACGAAGCGUGUUUGGUAUUGGUAUAAAUUAUUUUGUAUACGUUGAAUCAUGAAGUGCUUUACAAGAGUAAAGAGUAAUGUAUUUGCACCAACAUCGACUGACAUCAUCAGCCAGAACAUGAUUUAUUGGCAAAUGUCUAAGCACUAUAAGCGUAUAAAAAGUGCUAGAAAGGUGGUAGACACAUCAGCACCUUCCCAUAGUAAGUUCAGUAGUGCUUCAACACGACGAGGGAAGAAACCAAGUACAGAGUGCCACUCUCCACUCAGUUCUGAUGGUUCACUCAGACAGGGAUUUCAUUGUUCAUCUGAGACAACAAAUAGUGCUCUUACACAUACUUGUGAGAAAUACAACCCGGGCCCUAUUUCUGGAAGAGAGCAACAAGAAGAGAGGCCUGUGCCUAAUGCAAAGUGUAGGAGACCUUCCAAGAGCUGCAAGCAUAACACACAGUCUACCAUCAGUCUACAAUGUAAUGUUAAAUGCUGCCAUAAUUCCAUUACAAAAUCUAAGACAUGUUAUAAAACAUCAGAAAGGAAUAGUAUAAAUAUACAUAAAAAGGAAAAAAGUUCCUUUGAUAUUAUGGAGGUACACAGCAAAGAUUUUAUUUCACCCAGUAAACCAUUCAAGCCAAGAAUUCUUAAAACUGAUGCCGAACCAAGAAUUCGGAAUCUAAGAGUUUACUACCCACCGAGGAAAAAAGUACAUCACAAAAGAGUAAUGACAGAUGUAAAAGAGAAUGACUUUGCAGAAGCCGAUGAAGAGCGGUGUGAAGUGGUAGACCAGAUUUCGACUCAGACUUCAGCUUAUUCCGCAGAUUCUGAUUCUCAAAGCAAUUGGAAUGCAGAUCAAGAAGUACAGUUCCUGCCAAAUUACACAUUCAGGAAAGGAAAGGGAAAAGUGGCAAGUGAGCUAUCCAGUUGUGAUUCUGCAUACAAUGGCGGAAUAUCUUCAGCAGGUGAAAGUAGAGGGUCUAGUCCUGAACAAAAUAGGAGUCAUACUCUCAACACAGACUUAAGAACAAAUCAAGAAAGUGACAUAUCCAUCAUCAGAAGAAAUGAAGAUGAAAUAAAUGAUGCAACCCUCCAGUUCACUAAUGAUAUUGUAAACACAAUAAUAAAAAAUAAUACUUUAUCAAACAGUGGGAUAAAGAAUGUAAUAAAGCUGUGCAUGUCUGAAUAUGAAGGCAAACUGGAUAAGGUAAAGAUGAUUCAAGAAGUGAAAAAAUUGAUGGAACAGCUAGAUGUGGAGGAUGAAGAUGUAUAUGAGGAGAAGUUCCCGGAAAAGGAGCCGCCUUACAGAUCAUUUGUUAGGGACAAAAACUGUAAAAAUACAAAUGUACCUAAGUGUAAUGUUGUUAUAAACAGUAUUACAGGAAAGACAUCCCCUGAAGAGACAGGAAUAUGUGAUCCGUUUGACGAUGACCUGUUGCUGCAAGAAUACAGGUCAGAGCUAAGAAAAUUGGACAUUGAUCCAGAGAACUACUUCUUUCCAUUGUCCAGUGGCGUUGAAAUGGCUGUUGAAUAUAUGUGUGCAUACCCAUUCACAGCAAAUACUACUUCACAGGAUAUUUUAGAAGAGGAACUGUGGUUACAUCCAUUUAAAAUAGACUUUUCUUUGGAUACAGAAUGUAAAAACAGUAAACUGCAGUCUCAGGUGGAAUGUGACCAAGAUGGCUUCACAGAUGAACAAUUAGGAAAGUUUUCGUGUGUGAAUGAUCCUAAUAACAUUAGUAGCAGUAGUACAGGUAACAGCAGUAGAUACCUUAUCCACAACAACUCAGAUUGUCAGCUGCAGGAUAUUGAGCAUUUAAUGGAUCUGCAGUUAGGGCAUCAGACUGCACACACUUCUAUAAACAAAAAUUCAGAAGGUUCACAAAUUUUAUGUUUGUCUGAAAUGGUCACUGAGUGUAAGUUAAGCGAUGUGUGAGUGCUAUUAUCACUAGGCAGGUCACUGAAUUCCUUGAUAAACAAAACAUAUUGUGUCGUGCAUCUCUAAAAUGGUUGUAUUCACAAAAUGAAGGAUUGCGAUUUGACUAAACAUUUCAUUACACUCUUUAGUUUCCAGUAGCACUUAUUUCAUGUUGGAAGCUGCAUAAGUUAAGUGCAAUCAGAAACAAGAUGCAGAAUGUGAAACCAGAAAACAUAGGUUCACAUUUUAGAAAAAUGAGCAUAGAGAAGAGAGGAAAGAUUGGUGAAGAGUACAGAGGAACACAGCAUAGAGUAUUGAGAUUCCUGGGACCAUCAAUGAAUGACCAGUAGACAGAAGAUUGUAAUGCUUCCCAAGAAUUUGAAUACUGUAUGCUAUAUUCUACUUCAUUGUACCUGCAGGAUCUAGUCAUAAAUUGUGUGCCACUUAGUCUUAUCUUUAUCACAUUUUACUAAUUCUGUCAUUUCAUGCUCUCCCCAUUCCUGAUGAACUUUUGAUUCUGAAAACUUAGGCUUACACUAAGUGGCAGCUUUUGAAGUUUGGAUGGUUUUACCAAUAUCUGUAAUUUUUAAGUGCUAUCAUUUUAGCUUUAUUUCGGUUUUACUUUCAGGAUUUCAGUCCUGACUUUGUUGAACAUUUUUAAUUUUUAGGUCAUAAUCAGUAUUAAUAUUCUGCAGUCUUCUGCUGUGUGUUGUUGCAGUAUUAAGAUAACUGGUGCAGUUUUAUAUUGUUCCUAGGAUGCUU